AAUGAUAGCACAUUUAUCUUGCGACUUGCGCUUCUUCCUCUUUUAUCGAGUCACGUUGUGCACCUCCCACUGAACUCUCACACGUUGACAACCAUGAAAAACUCAUUACUCUCGUGAAUCCAAGUGCAAGUGUUUUGCACGCAAAUCGCGCGGUUCUCCACUACGCAACGGGGGUUGUGGACCCAAGUGUAAGAACGUUAUGCGCAAAUCGGAAGGUGCUCCGUUACCUAAGGUCUGCUGUGUUCGGCGACGCGGUGAUAGCAGCGUUACGACGGUGGAUAUUAUGGUUGGAGACGAUAUAUUCAGCGGAAAAGUUCGAGAUACGUGCACCACCGAAAAGGAGCUAAGCAUUGUAUUUGGCCGCAAGAACAGUGGCCGUUUCCCGUUUGGCAGCAUUUACCUCCGCCAGAAUCAGAACCUGUUGUGCGCAGAAGGUCAGAUCGGCAAACCGUAUGCCCGUUCAAUAGACCAGGGGGAGGAAUUCGUGGCGGAGGCAGUCAUGAGUUUUGGAGGAGACGGUUCGUGGAAACGAUACCCGGCGACUCUGCUGAUGGGCGACUUCGCACUGUAUUCUUUUGGAUUGUUACAAGUGCAUCUUCCUAAUGGGCCUAUCACCACCGUGCUUCGGUGCAAUGACAUUCAUGCACCGUUCGAUCGCAAGUCGACACUCGGCAGUACUCGCCACAAACGAUGAUUUCUACGUUAACGUGGUAAAAUCUACAAUAACUGCUUAUUAUGCGUAAUAUGGGAUACUGAUUUAUUUUUACAUGAUACGGAUUACGUUAUGCUUCUGUUGCUUUUCAUAUUUUGAAAGA